UAUUAUAAAGGUCAAAAAUUUAAUAGAUAGAUUUAGUGUGUCUGUAUAACAUAUAACACACUCUAGUGGUAAUUCAAAGAAACACUGAACCGGCUGUCUUGUAGAAGUAGAGGUCUACUGAAGUAAAUGGAAAAAGAGACCAGUAGAGUGUGACUGAUUGUAUGGUGUGAUCUUGAAGUGGUGUUACGUUUUCAGUAUUAUCUUGUUGUGCUCGCCAUGACGUUAGUUUGAAAUUGUAUUUCAAAAUAUUAAUCCCGAUGUUGGUCGCAGGACUGUGCCAAUGUAGUUUUCAUGCUUUUAACGAGGAGAGAAUCCGGGGAGGCAAUUCGUGGAUACCGAAGAAAGCUUCAAACACGUUUGAAGCUUUCGAGGUCGUAUUCAUGGAACUAUGAACCUGGACUCGUUGUCUUUUACUUUGUCACAAAUCAGUUAUUUGGUUGCGAAUUUAAAUAAGAAAAAUUUUCGGGACAGCUGCCAAGAAAUAUCAGUUCUGGUGCAGUGGAAGGGUCUGGAGGCAGACAGACACUUGCUGCGCUCUUUGCUCUCGUGCAUCGAUUUUUCAACAGGCGAGCCACCAGAAUUAAGUGCGAAAGAUUAUUUUCAAGUGCAACUUCUAAAGCAAGAGUGUACUAAUCUUCUUAGCAAACCCUCUUUUAUUUCUAAUCUGUGUUUUGCUAUAGACCACCCACUUCAUCAACAAAAGACUUUGAAUCCAUCGCCAAAGUUUUUUUUACGUUUGAAAAAGGUACUUGGUUUAACUUUGGUACAAGAAGUUGCAUUCGCAAUUGGAUUGCUGCAUUCUGAGAAUACUGAAAUUUGUACAUUAGCUCUAGAGCACGUACAAAAGCAGUUACCUGAAUUGAUAAAAAAUUAUAUUAACUCUGAGACGAGCAAUAAACAUCACGAGGAAGGUUUGCACGAUUCACUGCCUGAAGUUCUACAUCUUAUAUUAUCACAGGCUUUUCACUCAGCCAAUCAAUUUGGCCUUUCAUCGGAAGCAAAAGAAAAAUUUCUCAAGAAUUUAAGGCGCGAUUUUCCCCGUGAGCUGGUACCAGUGGUGCUAGCACCACUCUUGUAUCCAGACAACGGGGAAACUCCGCAAGCCAAAAUUGAAUUAAACAUGGCUGUUAAUCAAAUGGAUGGGAAUUCUCUAGUAGAAUUGAUUAUGGAAUUAGGAUAUGGAUUUACUAGCAGUGUUGAAGAAUGUCGAUCAGCCUUAGCUGGCCUAGGUGCUCGAGAAAUAUCUCCAGCAUGUGCUGCAAGAGUUUUAGCUCACAUGGCACGUAGCUGCAAUAACCUUGACGAUGCUGGAGGUUUACAAUCAUUUUGGGGUAAUUCAGGAGCUGCACAAGAUGCAAAUAAAGAAAAGUCUGCUGACAAUGCUGCUCCUGGUACAUGGAAUGUUGAAAUCUUUAUUCAAGCUUUAAAAGAAAUUCAAUCUACACUGUCUUGGAAUGAUGUGAUAAUUAAAUUGGACCAUGCAGAGUUUGUUAUUAAAGAUAGGCAGGGAUUGAGUUUACUUAUCACAGGCUUGAGGAUGGGAUUACAACAUCAAGGAUAUCCACCAGAUAUGUUUCCUGUAGAACUUUUUUAUCGUCAUUGGGACAAUGUAGAAGGACAAUUCUCUAUAGUACAACAAAUUCUGAAGUGUCCCGAUAUAUUUUGCUUCGCUGAUUAUCCAUAUCACUCAGUGACAGUUGAUGUGUUAAAAGCGGCACCGGAAAGUGACAGUAAGGAAGCACAAACUUGGAGAUCCUUAAAUGUAGUUGAGUUGCUCCUACACAUGGCAGAAAGAGGACUGUACGGACCAGUUCAAGAAAUAUUCAAAUGGCCCAUUCAGCACUGUCCUGAUGUCCUUGUAUUGGCAUUAUUACAGAUUAAUGCUCCUAUCACUAUAUUGAGACAAGAAUUACUUAGUACAUUAAUGCCUAUUUUUCUUGGAAAUCAUCCAAACUCUGCUGUCAUUUUGCAUCACGCAUGGCAUGGCAAUACUGUUAAAAUAAAAUCUAUUAUCAUGCAUGCUAUGGCAGAGUGGUACAUACGCGGAGAUCACGACCAAACAAGAUUGUCUCGUAUUCUUGAUGUUGCUCAAGACCUUAAAGCAUUGACUCAUUUGCUCACUGCUCAGUCAUAUCCAUUUGUUAUUGACUUAGCUUGUUUAGCUUCAAGAAGAGAAUAUUUAAAAUUAGAAAAGUGGUUAACAGAUAAAAUCAGAGAACAAGGAGAGGUUUUUGUUACUGCUUGUGUAAAAUUUUUACAACGGCGGUGUCCUCAAGUAAUGGGACCUGGAAUAAAAGAAGAUCUUACAGUUCCAAAAGCAAGUCAACUUCCACAAGAAACAUUAACAACUAUGCUUGCUUGCUUACAAGUGUGCGCCGGGAGUGUUUCUCAAGAAUGUUCCGAGGCAAUAAUGGGUAUGGUACAAAACUGCAGUUUAAUGUUGAGUAAAACUACAAUGAGUAGGCCCCCACCACCAGGAGUUUUAAGACAUCGGGGAUUAGAGCCAUUUAAUCCAGCUACAUUAAGCGGACAGCUAUUUUCUUCUAAACAAGUGGAUCCACUUGGGAACUUGAGUUCAAGUCUUGCAUCUAUGGGUCUAGGAUCCAGUCUUGGACCACCAAGCAGUUCCGCGUUCAAUUUACCCGGUGCUCUUGGACCUUUGGUAUCAGCGCCUGGUUCACCUUCGCGCCUUAUGGGGCCUUCUCCAAGUCCAUUUCCAAUGUUGCCAUUAUCUUCUCAGUUGCAUUCAGGGCCAGUUGGUACACAAGGGCCAUCUGUUCUCCCUAGUAGUACAACGAUUGGAGGAUUAGGUCGUCUUGGUCCACCAACGGGCAUUGAGAAAGCAAGAAUACCCGAAACUUCAAAUUUAUUUCCUGAUAUGACACAAAAUGUUUCCAAAGAAAUUGAGGAUGAAGCGAAUAGCUAUUUCCAACGUAUAUACAAUCAUCCACCACAUCCUACUUUAUCAAUUGACGAAGUUCUUGAUAUGUUAAAAAAAUUCCAAGAUUCUGGUAGUAAAAGAGAAAGAGAGGUAUUUAAUUGCAUGUUACGGAAUUUAUUCGAGGAAUAUCGUUUUUUCCCUCAAUAUCCCGAUAAAGAAUUGCAAAUCACGGCACAGUUAUUUGGUGGAAUCAUUGAAAAAGGCUUAGUUAAUAGCUACAUGACACUUGGACUGGCUUUGAGAUUUGUUUUGGAUGCUCUUAGGAAACCAGAAGGCAGCAAGAUGUAUUAUUUUGGCAUAACAGCUUUGGAUCGUUUCAAGAGUCGUUUAAAAGACUACCAAACAUAUUGUGAGCACGUCAGGGCAAUUCAGCAUUUCAGUGAGUUCCCACCUCAUUUAAUUGAGUACAUAGAAUAUGGAUUACAGGGGCAGGAGCCUCCUACAAGACCUCAAGGUCCAGUUCUCCCAAAAACUUUAGCAGCUAUGUUAGCACCUGUUACAACACCAUAUAAAACUAUCACAACAACAACUAUAACGACGAGUACCACUCAAACAAAAUCGUCCACGACACCCACUACAUCUCUCUCAGCUAGACCUUCAAUUGCCAAUGCAACAAAUAUUGAUACAUUAUUAGUAGCAACAGAUAAAGAGGAAAAGAUUACUACACCACCAGAGGCUUUACAAGAUAAAACAGCAUUCAUUUUCAACAAUCUUAGCCAGCUUAAUUUACAGCAAAAAUGUGAUGAAAUUCGGGAAAUUGUCACUGAAGAGUAUUGGCCUUGGAUGGCUCAGUAUCUAGUAAUGAAACGUGCAAGCAUAGAACUAAACUUCCAUGCCUUGUAUUCAAAUUUUUUGGACUGUUUAAAGUUACCUGAAGUAAAUAAAAUGGUUACUAGGGAAACAUUUAGAAACAUAAAGGUUUUGUUACGAAGUGACAAAGGAAUAGCGAAUUUUUCUGAUCGAUCGCUUCUAAAAAAUUUAGGUCACUGGUUAGGAAUGUUAACUUUAGGCCGAAAUAGGCCAAUUUUACAAAUUGAUAUAGAUCUAAAAAGUUUGCUUGUUGAAGCAUAUCAUAAAGGUCAACAAGAACUUCUUUAUGUAGUUCCCUUUGUUGCUAAAGUGCUUGAAAGUUGCGCAAAAAGUCGGGUGUUUCGUCCACCUAAUCCUUGGACAAUGGCAAUAAUGAAUGUAUUGGCAGAACUUCAUCAAGAACCUGAUUUAAAAUUAAAUUUAAAAUUUGAAAUUGAAGUACUUUGCAAGAAUUUAAGCAUCGAUGUUGGUGAAUUGAAGCCCGCGCUUUAUUUGAAGGAUCCAGAAAAAUUACGGAAUUUAGAAUAUCAAUUAUCACAUCCUAAUAAGAAAGCUGAAGCAAAGAACAAUCAGCAACAAACACAAGGUCCUAUUGAAGAAUUAGUUGGUCCUACUACAACUGGAACAAUUGUUUCACAAGCACCUCCUGCAAAUACAACGCCAUCUUUGCCUACUGGUCCACCAGAACCGCGCUUCAACUAUAUGGAUAUAUCCGUAACAAGCAUUGCUAACAUUUCUCAGCAUAUCACCAUUAAUAAUCAGCUUCCAUUGUUCCAAACUCACCCGCAUUUAAAGCAAUUCGUUCGCCCAGCUGUUGAAAGGGCAAUUCAAGAAUGGAUACAUCCUGUUGUUGACCGUUCGAUUAAAAUAGCUCUAACUACUAGUGAGCAAAUUGUAAGAAAAGAUUUUGCAUUAGAUCCAGAGGAAGUUCGAAUGAGAACAGCGGCAAGACACAUGGUUCGUAACUUAACUGCUGGAAUGGCUAUGAUCACUUGCCGUGAUCAGGUUCUGGCGUCAAUUAGUACAAAUUUAAAACAAGCCUUUCUAUCCGCAAUGAUGGGCACAACUCCGCAGCAAAAAGAACUCGCGGAACAAGCAGCUAAUGUAGUAGCCACUGACAACAUGGAGCUUGCUUGUGCAUUUGUACAGAAGACUGCUAUCGAAAAGGCUAUUCCAGAAAUGGAUAAGCGUUUACUGAAUGAGAUUGAAUUACGGAAAAUUGCACGUCAGGAAGGGAGAAGAUACUGUGAUUCUUUAGCUAAAUAUCAAGCAGAGAGAAUGCCUGAGCAAAUUAGAUUAAAAGUAGGAGGUGUGACACCUCAACAAAUGGCUGUUUAUGAAGAAUUUGCAAGAAAUAUUCCAGGAUUUUUGCCACUUUCAGAACGCGAUACGCAAGCUCUGUUAAUGCCAAAACCCGUCACAGAACCUGCUGUAACUGCAUUUGCCGCUAAUCCGGCAGUUGCGGUAGCAACUGCACAACAGGUAGCUGCAUACGCGGCAGCAGUAAGUAACGAUGAAGUUGGAGCUAUGUUAGAAAAGCUUGCAGCCGAAGUUGAAGUAUUACUUGCUGCGAUGGGCCCAGCUGUACCUCCUCCGCAACAUGGCGCCCUUCAUAGUUUGCUAGAAUCUAUUAUCCUUACACGAAGAUCAAGAGAUGCAGGCGCUGCUAUGACAUUACUUAAGAAAGCUGUAGAAGGACUAUUAGAUGGUCCUACAAUUUCAAGCGGUGUGAUAGAUUCUGAAAUUAUACUGCGAUAUAGAGAACUUCAUUUACGUAUUUUGAAGUGUCUUCAAGAUCCACGUGCUUAUGGUAUGCAGUGGACAAACAAACACGUCACUCGUUGUUUAACAGAAUGUAGAGAAGAAUUUCGAUACAAUUUUGAGGCUGUCGAUUAUCUUAUAAGAUCUCAUUUAAUUAGUCUUCCACAAUAUGACUUAGCUUUGGCUCAAGCUAUAGAUUCUGGAAAUGCUAUGGCAACAGCAUUUGCUAUGCAGUUGGUGCAGCUUUAUUUAAUUGACGAAAGACAAACUACACACGUCACUGAAUCGGAUUUGUUCCACACUAUUGAGAUAUUAGCUAGAAUGGCGCAUCAUAGAGCACCGCCCGAAGGGAUUUUAUUGUUCAGAUUAACAAGUUUGAUAGAUUCGUUGCGCGCCAAUCAUGAUCCAGGUGUAUUAGCGGACAGAGCACCCGCUGGACCGACGGCGCAUAUCCACUCUGGAAUUCUGCAGGUGAGAGCGCGUGAUUUCGAUGAUCCACCCGGAUUGAUGGAAAAAACGGAGUAUUUAUUACGCGAAUGGGUUACAAUGCAUCAUAACCCGACACACGCGCGUGAUCCUACAAAAGCUUUCGGAAUGUUUGUCCAUCAAAUGAACAUUCAUGGAAUUCUAAAAACCGAUGAUCUCAUAACAAGAUUCUUUAAAUUGAGCACUCAAAUGUGUGUUGAUCUAUGUUAUCGUGCUUUGGCCGAAACAAAUGUAGCUCCAUCGGUUGUUCGUGCAAAGUGUUUCCAUUCAUUGGAUGCUUUUGUCCGUUUGGUCGCGCUUUUAGUGAAACAUUCUGGGGACAGUACAAAUACUCAUACAAAGAUUAAUUUGCUAAACAAGGUUCUGGGAAUUGUAGCCGGUGUACUACUGCAGGAUCAUGAGAUACGUGGAACAGAUUUCCAGCAACUACCUUAUCACAGAAUCUUCAUUAUGCUCUUUUUGGAGCUCUGUGCUCCCGAGCCUGUAUUAGAAGCAGUGAAUUAUCAAGUAUUGACUGCUUUCUGUCAUACAUUGCAUAUACUUAGACCAGCCAAAGCUUCCGGGUUUUGUUACGCUUGGUUAGAACUAGUUUCACAUAGAGUUUUCAUUGGACGUAUGCUCGCGAUUACGCCGCAACAGAAAUGUUGGGGAAUGUACGCGCAGCUUUUAAUUGACCUGUUCAAAUACCUUGCCCCUUAUCUUCGAAAUGCCGAACUUGCAAAGCCUGUUACUUUAUUGUAUAAAGGAACACUUAGAGUAUUACUGGUAUUAUUACACGAUUUUCCGGAAUUCCUUUGUGAUUAUCAUUAUGGAUUUUGCGAUGUAAUUCCACCCAAUUGUAUACAGAUGAGGAAUCUUAUUUUAAGUGCGUUUCCAAGAAAUAUGCGCUUGCCAGAUCCAUUUACACCAAACCUGAAAGUUGAUAUGUUACAAGAAAUAGCACACGCUCCGCGAGUGUUGACCAAUUUUGCGUCGAUGAUACAACCUCUCAGUUUCAAAAAGGAACUUGAUUCGUAUCUAAAAGCACGUGCUCCAGUCACUUUUCUUUCCGAACUUCGCAGUAAUUUACAAGUAUCACAAGAAGCUGGCGUACGCUAUAAUAUUCAAUUAAUGAAUGCUCUAGUACUUUAUGUUGGAACACAAGCUAUAGCUUUUAUUCGUAGCAAAGGACACACACCGAAUAUGUCUACUAUCGCACAUUCUGCACAUAUGGAUAUAUUCCAGAAUUUAGCAGUCGAUCUUGAUACAGAAGGGCGUUAUUUAUUCUUAAAUGCAAUUGCGAAUCAACUUCGAUAUCCCAAUAGUCAUACACAUUAUUUCAGUUGCACACUUUUGUACUUGUUUGCUGAAGCUAAUACCGAAGCGAUACAAGAACAAAUCACGAGAGUUCUUCUUGAAAGACUUAUCGUGAACAGACCUCAUCCAUGGGGUCUUCUUAUUACCUUCAUUGAACUGAUUAAAAAUCCAACCUACAAAUUCUGGACGCACGAGUUUGUUCACUGUGCACCAGAAAUUGAAAAAUUAUUCGAGUCAGUAGCUCGAUCGUGUAUGGUUCAAAAACAAGUGCAGCCCACUCCGGAACCAGAAAUCCCAGAGUGAUAGGACGCUUUAUUUUUCAUUGUCGAUUUAUGUACAGUAAAACGAAGGAACGUAAUUAAUAAGAAUCGCGUGUAAAAAGUUGUUAAUGUACGAAUAGAUGUACUAUACUUUGGGCUUAACUUUUGGUGGAUAGAUACUAAAUAAUCGUAUAUUAAGUGUAUCAAUUGAUCUAGAAUAAGUAAGACUACUAUUAUGUUAAUAUUUUAAUAAAAAUAUUGUUGCAUCGAUCAAAAAGCAACGAACAUUCAACCUCACAAAACGUGUCUUUCGAACAAUGUACUUGAAAUCGUAUGUUACCAUGACAUUGUAAUAUUAUAGCACAAAUGUCAGUAUAAUGCGUAUCAUAAUGAAGGAGAGUAAGUCAAGAUAAGGGUGUUCAAGAAGUAAUAGUGAGUUUUGUAGAUUAAACUGAGUAUAAAUGUAUUAUGAGUAAGUGAUAUAUGGAGUCAGUACCAAAAUUAAUAUGUUGUGCUACAUAAGUCAUUUAGGGAGUACAUGCAGAAUGUAUGGUGCAUUUGGAAAAACUGUAAUAUAGUACAUAAUUACUAGUAUACAUUGAUGUAAUUUUUUAAGAAU